GGACACAAGCCCUAUAAUAGCCAAUUAACCCCCGUCUCUCUCCUCUCACAGUCUCACCCACAUGCGCGCCAUUGCCUCCUCCUGCCGACACACGCAGACAGCAGCAGCAAUGGCGCCCGGCAGCCGGUGCAGCCGGCGGCAGCAGCUGCUGGUCGCCGUCGCCGUGGUGCUGCUUUUGGCGGCGGCGCCGACGGGGUGCUCGGCGGCGAGGAGCAAGAAGUCGUACGAGGCCAUCUUCAGCUUCGGCGACUCGCUGUCCGACGCCGGGAACCUCAUCGCCGACGGCAUCCCCAAGUCGCUCACCACCGCCCGCGCCCCCUACGGGAUGACCUUCUUCGGCCGCCCCACCGGCCGCUGCUCCAACGGCCGCCUCGUCGUCGACUUCCUCGCGGAGCACUUCGGGCUGCCGCUGCCGCCGGCGUCGAAGGCGCACGGCGCGGACUUCAGCAAGGGCGCCAACUUCGCCAUCACCGGCGCGACGGCGCUGGAGUACUCCUUCUUCAAGCAGCACGGCAUCGACCAGCGCAUCUGGAACACCGGCUCCAUCAACACCCAGAUCGGAUGGCUCCAGGACAUGAAGCCUUCCCUCUGCAAGUCGGACCAAGAGUGCAAGGACUACUUCGGCAAGUCACUGUUCGUGGUGGGGGAGUUUGGGGGAAAUGACUACAAUGCCCCUCUCUUCUCCGGCGUCGCCUUCUCCGAGGUCAAGACCUACGUCCCCCUCGUCGCCAAGGCCAUCGCCAACGGUGUCGAGAAAUUGAUUGAACUUGGUGCGAAAGACUUGCUGGUACCAGGAGUUCUCCCAAUUGGAUGCUUCCCCUUGUACCUGACACUGUACAACACCAGCAGCAAAGCUGACUACAAUGCCCGCACCGGGUGCCUCCGGAGAUACAACCGUCUCGCCUUCCAUCACAACAGGGAGCUCAAGCAGCAGCUUGAUGAGCUUCAAAAGAAGUACCCAGAGACAAAAAUCAUGUAUGGUGACUACUUCAAGGCGGCAAUGCAGUUUGUCGUCAGCCCUGGAAAUUUUGGUUUCAGCUCGACUAUGCAGGCUUGCUGUGGUGCUGGAGGCCAGGGCAACUACAACUUCAACCUGAAGAAGAAGUGUGGUGAGGAGGGUGCUAGCGUGUGCUCCAACCCGUCGUCGUACGUGAGCUGGGACGGCAUCCACAUGACCGAAGCCGCCUACCGCUAUGUCGCCAAUGGCUGGCUGAAUGGGCCAUAUGCUGAGCCCCCAAUCCUCAAGUGAGAAUUUGAGGGGUUUUGACUGUAUGUAACACAGCUGUUGGUGCAAAAAUAUAUAUGAAUGAAGAAGGUUUCAGUCACUGAAGAAUUAAGUUAUAUGGGUAAAAGUUGUUUAGUUUUUUUGUUUUCAUUUGGAAGAAUGUGUAAACUGUGCCAGUAUAGAUAUGUUCCAAAAUGAAUGUUGAAACUGGUGCCAGUAUAGAUAUGUUCCAAAUUAAACUGAGAAGAUGUAGUACAGAUGUACCAUGUUUGACAUGUUCUCUGAUUCUUUUCAUUUGUCAAUGACUCUGGGUAAUAAUUUAUGGUAAUAAAGAGAUCAAAUUUGUGCAUC